UAUGAAGUCCUCUCCCUUCCCACCACAGCGACCGCCUCCGAGAUCAAGACCGCAUACCGCAAACUUGCCCUCGCCCACCACCCUGACAAAGUCUCCCCCGACAGUCGAGACGCAGCGCACCUCAAAUUCCAAGAAAUUGCCUUCGCAUACUCCAUCCUCUCCGACGAAAAGCGAAGAGCACGAUAUGAUCAAACGGGGCGAACAGAUGAGAUCGCGGCUGGUGAGGAGGAUUUUGAUUGGAAUGAGUACUUUCAGGAGUUGUGGCAGGGGGUUGUUGAUGGGACGACCAUUGAACAGUUUAAGAAGGAGUAUCAGGGGUCGGAGGAGGAGAGGGGGGAUUUGUUGGAGUCGUAUAAGGCGAACAAGGGAGAUAUAGAGAAGAUCUUUGAAGAAAUCAUGUGCUCCGAGGUUGAGGCUGACGAGGCACGAUUCCGCGAGAUUAUUGAUGCUGCCAUUGAGGCGGGUGAGGUGGAGGCAUACAAGAAAUACCGGUCCAGCACGUCAAAGAAGGAAGCGGGUGCACGGCUGAAGAAGGCGCAGAAGGAAGCAAAGGAGGCAGAGGAACUGGCUGCUGAAUUGGGUCUCGAUAAGGAUCUGAAAAAGACGAAGAAGGGCAAUAAGGCGGAUGAUGAGGCAGCAUUGGGAGCGCUGAUUAGGCAAAGACAGCAAGGGCGAAUGGAGAGUUUGAUUGAAUCUAUGGAGGCUAAGUAUGCGCCGAAGCCGAAGAAGGGAAAGAGG